AUGUACAGUGCAUCCCGUACAUGUGUACGAUCUGCCGCGGGAACUACGGGCAGUAUCGAUGUGGCGGUAGGGCUGCACCAAGGGUCGGCACUGAGCCCUUACCUCUUCCUACUGAUUAUGGAAGCUUUGACGUCGGACCUGCAGGAUGAGGCACCCUGGUGCAUGCUCUUUGCCGAUGACAUCGUGCUUGUCGGGGAAGAAGGCAUCGAGGUACAGAGGAGACUGACGGGGUGGCAACGGAGGCUGGAAAGUGUUGGCCUGAAGAUCAGCAGAUCCAAAACCGAAUAUCUGUGCUGUGAUUUCGGCGGUCUUUCCAGUCCUGUACCCAUGUCGUUGGAUGGCGCUAUACUGCCUAUCUGCUCAGAUGUCAAGUACCUCGGUUCCCUCAUUCAAGACGACGGCGGAAUAGAUAGAGCUGUGCAGCAUAGGAUUAACGCAGGGUGGAUGAAAUGGCGACAGGUCACAGCCACAACGUGCGAUCCCCGAAUGCCAAUAAGGCUGAAGGGGAAAAUUUACAAAUCGAUCAUCCGACCUGUCGUCAUGUAUGGAAGUGAAUGCUGGGCCGUCAAGAAGAAGGAUGAAAAUAGACUGCAUGCGAAUGAAAUGAGAAUGUUACGAUGGAUGUGUGGUGUGACAAGGAUGGAUAAGAUAAGGAAUGAGUAUAUAAGAGGAAGCCUGAAAGUAGCGCCAGUGGUAGAAAAGGUGAGAGGAAGCAGAUUGGCAUGGUUUGGGCAUGUGAUGCGGAGGAAUGAAAGUCAUGUCACAAAACGAGUGUUGAAUAUGAAUGUGGAGGGACACACGGGCAGAGGAAGGCCGAAUAAAAGAUGGAUCGAUUGUGUGAAGAGUGAUAUGAGAAUGAAAGGAGUAAGUAUGGAAAUGACGGCUGAUAGAGAGGAAUGGAACAAAAAGAUUUACUGCGCCGACCCCAGAUAA